CAGGUUUUUGGCACGUCUCACGGUAUUUCCCGCCACUCCCCGUACCGCCAUUACCCUUUCUCCAGAUGUAAAAACUCGCUUCUUUCUCUCGCUCUCUCCACAUAAUCAAACACACACACACACACACACUCUCUCUCUCCACAUAAUCAAACACACACUCUCUCUCUCUGCAAUGGAGGAAGCAUCCCUGGAAAACAAGCUUCCCGAGCUCAAGCUAGAUGCAAAACAAGCGCAAGGGUUUGUGUCUUUCUUCAGAAGACUACCUCAGGACACCAAGGCUGUACGCUUCUUUGAUCGCCGUGACUAUUAUACUGCCCAUGGAGAUAAUGCAAAUUUCAUUGCCAAGACAUACUACCACACCUCUACUGCUCUUCGACAAUUGGGUAGCGGCCCUGAUGCCAUUUCAAGUGUAAGUGUAAGCAAAAAUAUGUUUGAAACCAUUGCUCGUGACCUACUUCUUGAAAGGACCGACCACACAUUGGAGCUCUAUGAGGGCAGCGGAUCAAAUUGGAGGCUCUCAAAAACAGGAACACCUGGAAACCUUGGCAGUUUUGAAGAUGUUCUAUUUGCCAACAAUGAGAUGCAAGAUACCCCUGUGACUGUUGCUCUAUUUCCUAGCUUUCGAGACAAUGAAUGCACUGUUGGGUUGGCUUAUGUUGAUUUAACCAAGAGAAUUCUAGGCAUGGCAGAGUUUUUGGAUGAUACCCAAUUCACAAACGUGGAAUCAGCAUUGGUUGCUCUUGGUUGCAAAGAAUGCAUCCUUCCCAUAGAGAAAAAUUCUGCUGAGAUUAGGGUCUUGCACAAUGCCCUUGCCAGAUGUAGUGUGCUCUUAACUGAGAAAAAGAAAUCUGAAUUCAAAUCUAGGGAUUUGGUACAAGACCUUGGUCGACUUGUCAAAGGUUCUAUUGAACCAGUUCGGGACAUGGUCGGUGGUUUUGAAUAUGCCUCUGGUGCCCUAGGUGCAUUGCUAUCUUAUACUGAUCUCCUUGCAGAUGAUAGCAACUAUGCAAGCUAUACUAUGCAUCAUUAUAAGCUGGGAGCUUAUAUGAAGUUGGAUUCAGCUGCAAUGAGGGCAUUGAAUGUUCUCGAGAGUAAAACCGACGCAAAUAAGAAUUUUAGUUUGUUUGGUUUGAUGAAUAGGACAUGUACGGCAGGCAUGGGUAAGAGAUUGCUAAACAGGUGGCUUAAACAGCCAUUGUUGGAUGUGAACGAAAUUAAUUGUAGACUGGAUUUGGUUCAGGCUUUUGUGGAGGAUACUGAGCUACGCCAAGAUCUUCGACAGCAUUUGAAAAGGAUUUCAGACAUUGAGCGACUUAUGCGUAGUCUUGAGAAGAGGAGGGCUACGUUGCAGCAUGUAGUGAAACUUUAUCAGUCAACCAUUAGACUUCCUUACAUCAAAAGUGCCAUGGAGCGUUAUGAAGGGGAGUUCUCUCCUUUUAUCAGAGAGAGGUACUUGGACCCAUUGGAUUAUUGGACCGAUGAUGAUCACCUGAACAGGUUCAUAGCCCUUGUCGAAGUUUCUGUUGAUCUUGAACAACUUGCGAAUGGUGAAUAUAUGAUUGCGGCUGGAUAUGAUUCAAACUUAGCUGCACUGAAGAGUGAACGAGAUGCAGUAGAAGCUCAAAUACAUGAGUUACAUAAACAAACUGCAUAUGAUUUGAAUCUUCCUCUUGAUAAGGCUCUGAAGUUAGACAAGGGCACACAAUAUGGACAUGUGUUCAGGAUCACAAAGAAAGAAGAGCCAAAAAUUAGAAAAAAGCUCAGCACACAUUUUGUUGUUCUUGAGACUCGCAAGGAUGGGGUCAAAUUUACAAACACAAAGUUAAAAAAGUUGGGGGACAAGUACACAAAUUUACUGGAGGAGUACACAAGUUGUCAAAAAGAGCUUGUUAGUCGAGUUGUUCAGACUGCAGCAACAUUCUCUGAGGUGUUUGAAUAUGUAGCUGGGCUGCUUUCUGAAUUGGAUGUUUUGCUCAGUUUUGCUGAUCUUGCUACUAGUUGUCCAAUACCUUAUGUCAGACCAAGCAUUACUAGCCCAGAUAUAGGGGAUAUUGUACUGGAAGGGUGCAGGCAUCCUUGUGUUGAAGCUCAAGAUGGGGUUAAUUUCAUACCAAAUGAUUGUGCUCUUGUGAGGGGGGAAAGUUGGUUCCAAAUUAUCACUGGGCCAAACAUGGGGGGGAAGUCUACUUACAUUCGUCAGGUUGGUGUGAAUGUGCUAAUGGCACAAGUUGGAAGUUUCAUUCCAUGUGAUAGAGCAAGCAUUAGUGUUCGUGAUUGCAUUUUUGCUCGUGUGGGUGCUGGAGAUUGCCAAUUGCGUGGAGUUUCGACUUUCAUGCAGGAAAUGCUGGAAACUGCAUCAAUAUUAAAAGGAGCAACUAAUAAAUCACUGAUAAUUAUUGAUGAGCUGGGGCGUGGAACAUCUACAUAUGAUGGAUUUGGUUUGGCUUGGGCAAUUUGUGAACACCUUGUAGGGGUCACCAGAGCUCCAACUUUAUUUGCAACACAUUUUCAUGAAUUGACUGCAUUAGCUAAUGAAGGCAUCGAUAAUCAUGAGCACCGACGGAUGCCUCUUAAUGGUGUGGCAAACUUUCAUGUUAGUGCACACAUUGAUUCCUCUAGUCGCAAGUUAACCAUGCUUUACAAGGUGGAUCAAGGGCCGUGCGAUCAAAGUUUUGGAAUUCAUGUUGCUGAAUUUGCGAACUUCCCUGAAAGUGUUGUUGCUUUAGCGAGAGAAAAAGCUGCAGAGUUAGAAGACUUUUCACCAACUACAGCUUCCUCAAAUGACACAAAAGAGGAGGUCGGGGCCAAACGCAAGCACCCUUGCAGUCCUGACGAUGUUACAAGAGGUGCUGCUCGGGCUCAUCAGUUUCUGCGUGACUUCUCACAACUACCUUUGGAAGGGAUGAACUACAGUCAAGCUCUACAAGAGGUCGCUAAGUUAAGGUGCAGCCUGGAGAAGGAUGCCUUAGAUAACCCUUGGCUUCAACAGUUGUUUUAGAUGUAACCUUGUUGGCGAUAGCAAGAAGGAAUGUAACCCACAUCUCUCUCUCUCUCUCUCUCUCCACGUUCCUUCAAGGACAAUAGUACGAUGUCAUUUUGUCAUCAUGUUUCGAGGUCUUUGUAUAGUGCCAAUUUUGUGUAUUAUUGGUUGAUAUCAAUCGACUAAACAUGAGAUUAGGUCCAAGGCAAGCUGUGGACGAAUCAGCAUGUAUCAGUGAGAACUUGAUAGCUUAGGAAUCACAGGUAAAAUAUGUGAUUUCCGUUCUUUAUUUUGUAAAGAUAUGUAAUGGGUUUUUGGUUUCAACUAUUUAAGUGCAGUUUUAGACAUUUUGGU